AUGGCUUCACCACAGCAACUUCGCACCAAGCUUACCGACCUGCUGAAGAUCCAGCACCCUGUCAUGCUUGCCGGCAUGAACGUGGCUGCUGGACCAAAGCUCGCGGCCGCUGUCACAAAUGCUGGUGGUCUCGGUGUCAUCGGCGGUGUCGGAUACACGCCAGACAUGCUCCGUGAACAGAUCGCAGAGUUGAAGGGAUACCUUAACGACCAGAACGCGCCCUUCGGUAUCGACCUGCUCCUCCCCCAGGUCGGAGGUAGCGCGCGCAAGACCAACUACGACUACACCAAGGGCAAGCUGAACGAGCUCGUCGAUAUCAUCAUCGAUUCCGGUGCCAAGCUAUUCGUCUCCGCCGUCGGCGUCCCACCCAAGGCUGUCGUCGAGAAGCUACACAAGCACGGCAUCCUAUACAUGAACAUGAUCGGACACCCCAAGCACAUCAAGAAGUGCCUCGAUAUCGGUGUUGACAUCAUCUGCGCACAGGGAGGCGAGGGUGGUGGACAUACUGGAGAUGUUCCCACUUCCGUUUUCAUCCCAGCAGCUGUCAAGAUGGUAGAGGGCCACAAGUCGCCCUUGACUGGCGAGCAAGUACAAAUCGUGGCUGCUGGCGGUAUCUUCAACGGCCAGUCGCUCGCUGCAAUGCUCACAUUCGGUGCUACCGGUGUCUGGGUAGGAACACGUUUCAUCCUCUCCGAGGAGGCUGGUGCGCCCAAGGCACACCAAGAAGCUGUCAAAACAGCUGGCUGGGACGACAACAUCCGUACCAUCAUCUUCACUGGCCGACCACUUCGUAUUCGCAACAACCCAUAUGUCGCCAACUGGGAGGAGAACAGACAAGCAGAGAUCAAGGAGCUCACCAGCAAGGGUAUAUUACCUGUCGAGCACGAUCUUGAGAAGAUGGGUGAUGACCUCGACGAUGAGACCAUGGACAAUGCUCGGCCAUUCCUGAUGGGCAAGGUCGCCGCCGUUGUCAACGAAAAGAAGACUGCAAGAGAAAUCGUCGAUGAGCUCGUCACAGAUGCUGUCAAGUGGCUAAACAUUGGCAACUCUUUCAUCGUGUCCAAGUCGAAGCUAUGA